CUUCCAGACCAAGAUGGAUCCACAUGUGCCGAAGUGUGAUCUCGGGAACCAGGGUCAGACUGCUGCUCUCAGCUUCAGGGAACAUCUGGCUGAUUAUCUGGAGGACACAGACUAUGAAAAGCUGCUGCAGACAGCAAAGACCGGCCUUCGGCCCAUACACACAUCACAUCAUGUUGUGAUUGUUGGAGCUGGCAUGGCUGGACUGACGGCAGCAAAGCUGCUGCAGGACGCAGGACACACGGUGACCAUAUUAGAAGCUAGUGGUCGUGUGGGAGGACGAGUGGAGACCUACAGGAAUGAGACAGACGGCUGGUACGUGGAAAUGGGAGCAAUGAGGAUCCCAAAAUCUCAUGAAAUCGUCCGCUGGUUCGUGAAAUCACUCGGACUCAAGCUAAAUAAAUUCAUCAUGACUGACAACAACACCUUCUACCUGGUCAAUGGGAUAAAGAAACGGACGUCUGAAGUGAAAAGAGAGCCUGACAUCCUGGGGUAUAACCUGGAGGGUCACGAGAAAGGGAAGUCGGCCGACCAGCUGCUACAACAAGCUUUGAAGAAGGUGUAUGACUAUGUGGAGAAAUAUGGCUGUUCUGAAGCUCUUAAGAAGUACGACCACUACACUGUGAAGCAAUAUCUGAAAACGGAAGGUAAUUUGAGUGCAGAAGCCGUGAGGAUGAUCGGAGACUUGCUCGACGAAGAGAGCAUCAUGCACAUGGCUCUGACUGAGAUGAUGUACACCAGCAGCGACGUCAACGACCACACCAAGUACUAUGAAAUAACAGGUGGGACAGAUCUUCUCCCCAACGCUUUACACAAAAAACUGAAGGCCCCUGCUCUCCUGAACUCCAAGGUGAAGCGUAUCAGUCAGUCAGAUAGAGGUGUCGUCAUAUCGUACCAGAAAGACGAAGAAUCCUCUCUGACAAACCUUGAGGCUGACGUCGCCCUGGUAACCACCACAACCAAAGCAGCCCUGUUCAUUGACUUUGAGCCACCUCUCCCCAUUAAAAAGAUGGAGGCCCUGAGGGCGGUCCACUAUGGCAGCUCCACAAAAAUCAUCCUCACCUUCAGUGAGAAGUUCUGGGAGAGGGACGGCAUCAAAGGAGGGAAGAGCAUCACCGACAGGCCCUCUCGUUUUAUCUACUAUCCCAGCCACAGUUUCAAAAACAAGAAGAUCGGCGUCCUCCUGGCUUCCUACACCUGGGCUGACGAGUCGCUUCUCUUCCUGGGAGCGAGUGACGAAGACCUGAAAGAGCUGGUUCUGAGAGAUUUAGCUGCGAUCCACGGCGAGUGCAUCCGGUGUCUCUGCACAGGAGUGGUGGUGAAGAAGUGGAGCUUGGAUCCCUACAGCCUGGGCGUCUUACCACACCCUACCAAGUACCUGGAGCUCUAGCUCUUUAAAAGUGAAGGCGCCAGGCUGCACUUUGCUGGUGAACACAGGCUUCCUCACGCCUGGAUGGACACAGCUAUCAAAACUGCAAUCAGAGCUGCGAUCAACAUCAACUUAGCGCUGCUCGAUCGAGACGAUCUCUGAGCCGUUACAUCUGAAUAAAUCAGUAUCAUUGUACUUCAUGGUUUUAGGGAAAUAUUUAUAAUUUUUAAUCACUUAAUUUUUACAUUUAUUCAUUUGAAUGCAGAUGUUUGUCAUUUGAGCUUGAGAUUAGUGCCUUGUUCUGUUUUCUAUGAUUUUCAUUAAUUCUGGUCACAAUCGAUGGUUGUAUAUGGUUUUAUUCUGGUACAGGGGCUACAUACAUGG